CAAACAAACAAACAAACCUGUCUUUAUUUAUAUAAGUUAAAAGUUAAAUCUGAGUUCCGCGAAAGACUCAGAUCCUUUCUUUGUUUAUCUCCGCCUGGAUCUCGAAGACCAAACGAUGUCCGCCGCCGACGGAAUAUUCCGCUGCAUCUUCGAAGGCUGCAUCUCCGGCCUCGACUCCGCCAUCGAGCGGCGUCCCUACCACAAAAACUGCGACUGCGCGCUUCACGACGGCGCCAAGAAGAGUCAGAACCAGCGGCGGAAGCCGUGCCGACGCCACGGGAGCUCGGAGAGCAUCUCGUUCCCGAUCCGGAGGUCGUGGAGCGAGGGCAACAUCAUGGCUAUGAACUUCCCGGCGGCUUCUUCGUCGUCUUCUUCGAAUCUGCAGUCGCUUUCUUCGUCUUCUUCUCUCGCGACGCUGGCCGAUUUGCCGGCGGAGACGGCUGCGGUGGUGGAUCAGAGGAGACCUCGUCAGCUGGGAUGGACGAUUGAUGAAGGUGAAGAUGUUUGAUGAUAUUGAUUGAUGAUGACGAUCAUUUUCCACGUUUAAGGUUGUUAACUGCUAAUCUCCGAGAUUUAAUUAAUUUUCGUCAUAAUAUGUUCUAUGUAGUUUCUUCCAUAAACAUAAUCAAAACUUUGAAGAUA